CCCACCAGUGUUAAAUGUAUCGAUACUAUAGCGAGUGGAUAACCCAGCUCUAAUUGACGCCAAGAAAUUUUGAUUGAUUUUGAAAAAUAUGAUAACUACUUGGCAGCUAAAGUAAACUGGUCAUAUUGGGAAACAUUGCGCUAAGCUCACAUACGACGGACGGAACGGACUGACUCUGGGAAACACAUCACAAUAAGUCAUGCCACGGGGAAAACGCCGAGCUGCAGAUACUAUUAGCAACAACAUGGAUCAUGGUCAACCGAAGAGGGCCCGAACCAGCUACACCAGCAUACCCACACAACAGAGCAGCAGACGCCAUAUAAGAUCGGAAGAUGGCUUCAAUCAAAAGCGUUGCAUGGCAUGGUUCCAGGAAUACACAACACCAGAUGAACCGGAGACAUUGGGUCCCGAUGGCAUGGAGAAGUUCUGCGAGGAUAUCGGCGUGGAGCCCGAGAAUAUUGUGAUGCUGGUGCUGGCCUACAAAAUGGGCGCCACCCAGAUGGGCUUCUUCAGCCAGCAGGAGUGGCUAAAGGGGCUCACAGAACUCGACUGCGAUUCGGCAGCGAAAAUGGUUGUGAAACUGGACUAUCUGCGCAGCAUACUCAACGAUCCCAACUCCUUUAAAAGCAUCUACAGAUACGCCUACGACUUUGCCAAGGACUCGGACCAACGGUGUAUGGAUAUACUCACUGCCAAAGCCAUGCUUCAACUUCUUUUGGGCAAACAUUGGCCUCUGUAUCCACAGUUCGCACAGUUUCUGGAGCAAUCAAAGUACAAGGCGAUCAACAAAGAUCAGUGGUGUAAUAUUCUCGAGUUCUCGCGCACCAUUAGCAUUGAUCUAUCAAACUACGAUAUUGACGGAGCUUGGCCCGUCAUGCUGGAUGAGUUUGUGGAAUGGCUGCGCCUGCAGCGGAGCCAGGUCACCUCCACAACUGGAUCUAGCUGAGAAAAGCUGUAUCGAGUCGCCUAUUUCUAGUUCAACUUUGGGAGCUCAGUGCAGAGAGAAGUUUGCGGAGACGGAGUCGGAGAUGGGAUGCGAUGCGAUGGGAUGGGAAUGCUGAUAAGAGAGAUCGGCGAACCUUUAAGACAUAACCACAGGACACUCACUGACACCCACAUCCACACUCAGAUCCACCAGCCACUUCUUCGGCCUAAAACACAGAAGCACACACUCACACACACGGAAACACAAGGCAUUUUGGAGAGACUGCGUACACUGGCAAAGCAACCAACUAUGAAACUAAACUAUUGAUAAUAUAUUUAAUGUAAUAAUUUAUGUAUUAACGACGACACUAAGAACUAAAACCACAAUUCUCUACUUA